UGCCUGGAUGAUCGAGAUCUUUAUUAUGGUCACAUGAUCUAAAAAUGGCGGACGUCCCACCAGUGGAAAAAAUUCCCGAAGCUAAAAAGGAGAGGUUUGAUAAACUUCGCUCCGCCUUUAUAUCUAAAUAUGGAAAGGAACCUGAUUAUUUUGCUAGAGCACCUGGAAGAGUUAAUCUGAUUGGUGAACACAUAGAUUAUUGUGGUUAUGCUGUUUUACCAAUGGCUAUUGAACAAGAUGUGAUUUUUGCUGCUUCAUCAAAUGAAGACGGAAAAAUCAGUUUCUCAAAUCUAAAUCCAAUAUACAAAGAGUAUGAAUGUAAUGUGAGUGAUAUCACCAUCCCUAAAGAUAAUCCACAGUGGUAUUUCUAUGCUUUAUGUGGAGUUAAAGGUUUAAUGGAACAUAUGAAGAUAACUACAGCGCGUGGUUUUAACUGUGUGGUGGAAGGCACCGUACCACCUAGUGCUGGUUUAUCAAGUUCUAGUGCUCUAGUCUGCUGUGCAGCUCUCACCAUGAUGCAAGCUAAUGGAUGGAGUCUGUCUAAGCAAGAAUUAGCUGAUAUGUGUGCACAUUGUGAACAUUACAUUGGUACAGAAGGAGGAGGUAUGGAUCAAGCGAUUAGUUUUAUGGCUAAGCACGGAACAGCUAAGUUAAUUGAAUUUAAUCCUCUUCGAUCAACUGACGUCAAGUUGCCGUUUGAUAUAGUAUUUGUGAUCAGCAACAGCUGUGUACAGGCCAAUAAAGCAGCUUCGUCAAACUUCAAUAUUCGAGUUGUAGAAUGUAGAAUAGCCACACAGAUCUUAGCAAAAUCUAAAUCUUUAGAGUGGAUAGGGAUAAAGAAAUUUGCUGAAUUACAGAGUUUAUUACUAGCUACGUUAGAUGAGAUGAUUGAAUACGUUAACCAGACGUUUCAUAAAGAUCCCUAUACUAAAACAGAAAUAUGUUCUAUAUUAGAAGUUACACCUGAAGAAUUGGCCACAACAUCUCUUAGUGAAAAUACUUUAAAUGUUGAAAGUUUUAAAUUGCAUCAGAGGGCGAGCCAUGUUUAUAGUGAAGCUAAACGGGUCAUAGAAUUUAAACAGACGUGUGAUUUAAACUCGUCUGGUACGAUUGAGAAACUAGGUCAACUAAUGACGGCUAGUCACAAUAGUUGUAGAGAUCUGUACGAAUGUAGUCAUCCUGAUCUAGAUAAUCUCGUACAGAUCUGCUUGAAAUCUGGAGCCUUAGGUUCACGUUUAACUGGAGCUGGUUGGGGAGGCUGUGCAGUUUCAAUGGUUCGAGCCGCCGAUGUUCUGAAUUUUCUAUCGAAAGUACGAGAUGAAUAUUAUUUGAAAUCAGAAGAUCGAUCAACGAAGAUUCUCGAGAGCCUGUUUGCUACGGAACCUGGUGCAGGAGCUGCUAUUUAUAAACUUUAAUCUAGAACGUUGUAUUAUUGAGGGACUUUUAUAAAACGAGGUGCUUUAUUCUUUGUUUCAUUUUUUCAAAUUUUUUUAAAGGAGCUGAUCGUCAAGACCUAAUUAAUCUACGCUGAGAUUUCCCGGCGUGUUUCCUCCUUGUUAGUGGAGGAGGACAACGAAUAGUCAUUCGGAUGGGAUGAAAAACUGAGUUCCUGUGUACACAUUGGCGUGCACGUAAUGUAUCCCUUGGCUGUUGGAAUUCAAUACAAGAUAAAAUUUCCUUCAUAGCACACUGAGUGGCGUAUGCUCUUCUCCAUUAUCCCAGUCGGAGCUAAUUUUUUAGGUGGCACUGGUUUGUUUAUAUCAUCGUAGUUUACUAGGAAUACUAAAUCUUCUCAGUGACGAUCAGUGACUUUACACAAUCUGAUUAAAAUACAGGGCCCUGUUUCACGAACUUUUAACUAAAGAUAAAAUCCAAAUUUUAGUAGAUACUUCAAUUUUGAUUGGCUAGGCACUAAAAUCAAUCUAAUAUUAUCCAAUCAAAUUACUAAAAUUUGGAUUUUAUCUUAGUUAAAAUUUCGUGAAACAGGCCCCAGGGCCCUUAUUCAUGAAAACUUAAACUAAGAUACAAUCGAAAUUUUAAGAAAUACUGCAAUUCGAUUGGCUAACCAGUAAAAUCAAUUUGCAUAUAUCCAAUGAACUUGCAGUAUUUCUUAAAAUUUCGGUUGUAACUUACUUUAAGUUUUCGUGAAUAAGGGCCCAGAUCUAUAUUUCAUUUCGUUUUUUUAUACUCUUAAUGGUCUACACUACAUGGGGGGUUGGAUGGCGCGCGCUGUAUCAUAAAGUCUGUCAUUGAGUCAGCUGGCGUGGUUUCGAAUCGCCGGUUGUAAGUGACAAGGAGUAGGGUCGCCUGUCCAACCUCGUGGGUUUUCUCAGGGUCCUCCGGUUUCCUCCCACUGCUAAAGACCCCCUAUGCGCAAGCGAAUUAUUGAAAUAAAAUUAAACCAUAUGUUAGUCCCGAAAUGACCUAAUUUGUGUCGAGUGGACGUGAAACCCCAUUUCUCGCUCUCUCUCUCUCUACACUACAUGAAGAUCUGACCGGUUGUUGUGAAAGAUCGUGUCAGAGGUCAUACACGCGGCUUUUGACCCUAUGACGUCAGACAUUUGAUUACCCACUCAGCAUUGAUGUUUCUAAUAGGAUACCCACAGUUCCAUGCACCUUGUGCCAAAAACUCGCAGUAACAGACUGUUUUAUUGGCUAAUCCCUCACAUUAUCCAGAAGGCCGAUUAUAUAAUAACUCAUCCAUAUCCUAGUGUAGUAAAGACAAGUAAAACAAAAUUUUGAACAUUAAAAAACGAAACGAAAUAGGAUCUGUGUUUUAAUUAGAUUGUGACUUUAAACAUGUUCAGAUGUGGCUUAUCAUACAAACACACACAUUAUGAGAUACUUAAAAACUGUAUGAAUAAAAACUUAAGCAGAUAAAAAGGACUCACAAUAAAAAAUAAUAUAAAGAUGUUAGGGAAUACAGUUAAUAAUAUGUUUCCUUUAAACCUAACCAGUGCAAUUUUGAUCUCUCCAAACUCAGGAUGAGUAACAUUUUUUUUUUUGACCGUCUUUUUGAUGUUCUUGUUCUAGGGGUGACGCUCUUUGAAAAAUCUGAUUGACAUGAAAAUUGGCAUGCUUCUUUGAACAAUUCUGCAUCGAUUUGAUGAAUGAGGUUUUUGAAUUUCAUCCAACAACAUGAUCAGUUACUGGUCCAUAGUACAAUCUUACUUGUUCUAGGAGAACACCAAUCAUUUGAGAUUGUAGCAAUCGCAACAAUCAAGUUUUUUAAAAUAAGUUUUAAAAUUCAUUUGUAUAAAAGAAGUUGUGUGUGUCAUUUUAUAACUAUAUCCUAUUUUUAACAACCACACUUUUUCAGUGUCAAUUUAUAUAAAACUUUUAACAUCUGUGAUCUAUUUUGCUUAUUAUUUACAUUCAUGUAUGAUUUUUACCAUUGAACACUAUGGAAAUGGCGCUAUAUAAAAAUUGUUAAUAAUAAUAAUAAUAAAUGUUGUCAACAUUU